CAAUGGAAAGUGAUGGUAACGAUGUUUGCUAGGUGAGAUUCGACAUGAGGUGAACUUUUUCCCUAUUCCCGCUUCUCACUGCUAUUGUCAACCUCACUUCCUCAAAACAACAUCACCUUACAAUGAUAUCCUUCUAUUCUAUCCCUCUUCUAUUGUCAAUCAAGAUGUAUAUAAUCCUUCUCCUUCUCAUCUUCUUCCUCGAAAACUCCAGACAUCGCCCACCCACCACCUCUCGCCUAUCAAAACGAAUCCCAAAAACCAAGCAGCCGGUCCUGCACCCCAUUCACCACCACCAAACCCACCGAGAAUGGCCAACCGACGACCCGUCCCCACCACCCACCAAGCGCUGGCCGCUUUCCGCCAGGAGUCGGCCAAACUCCUCAUCUUCUAUGACGACGCGGGCGUCUUGCGCCACGAGCAGGCCCCGUGGUGGCUCGGGACCAGUUUGGAGGAGGACGGAGAGGAGCCGCUUGAGCUCUUCCCUGGAUUUCAGGAAGUUGAAGUGGAGGAGUGUCGCGCGCUGCCGGUUCGGCGUGUCUCGGAGGAUGUUCGAGCUGGAGAGCAUGUUGCUGGGGAGAGGUUGGGGAGCGUUGAGGGCGGGGUUCGAGAGGAGAGCGUCCGGCUGGUCCGGAAGAGGGAGAAGAGGAAGAAGGGGAAGAAGCGAGGGGAGAGGGAGCGUGGGGCUGUUCCCAAGACCAGGAAGAAGGACCCUGCGGCUGUCGCUGUUGCUCCUGCGGCGCCUGUCGUUGUUGCGGGUGGUGGGGAUCUGCCGGACCUGCCGUACUCGUCAAUGUACGACAGGAUCAAGAGGAGGAAGCCUCGGCAGGGGUGA